AUGGACGUCCUGUUAAUAUCUCAGAGAAUGGCAGAGGAAGUGGAGAACAUGACCAUACCAGAGUUAAAGGCAGUACUAGCCAAAUAUAACCUGGAAACGACCGGGAAAAGGGCUGAUUUGGUGGCGAGGCUGUCGAACCACUUUAAGCAAAAGGAUGAAAAGGGCGCCGACGGAACGAAGUCGGUGAAGGCGUCGCCAAAAAUAGAGGCUAAGUCGCCGAAGACGGCACCUAAGGCAACAAAAGCACCAUCGGCCGCCGCAAACGAAGGCGCCACAGAGGCUGUGUCGAGUGGUCCCCCAAAAUUGGAGUUAGAAGAGCCAAAAACUCCAGAGAAAUCACCGAGUCCACCAGAAGGCCCGAAGAAGGAGGUGACUGAGAUGACGAUGGAAGAGCGGCUGGCACUGAGAGCGAAGAGGUUUAACCUUGAAAUUAAACCUGACACCGGCUUGGACAAGAAGCUGGAUACGAGUUUGGACAGGAAACUCGGUACUAGUUUGGAUAAAAAGCUUGAUACUAGUUUGGAGAAGAAACCGGAAGCCGGCUCAGAGAAGAAGGCCGAUGCAGCCAAAAGCCAAAAAAAACUAGUGGUACAGGAGGACCCUGAAGUGCUAAAAAAGAGAAGCGAAAGAUUUGGAAUACCAUUGGUGACGCAUAAGAGCGACGAGCCGAAAGUGAAAAAGAAGUUUGACUUUGUGGUGGACGAGGAGGAGUUAUUGAAGAGGCAGAAGAGGCUCGAAAGGUUUUCAUCAUAA